CAAGUACAACGUAGAAAUAAAUCAAUGGGCGUAGGGCUGUGGCUUUGGCAUUAAAUUUGUAUAGUGAGAAUGGCUGCCCUUAUUUCCUUGUCUGCGGCAGGAUUAAUAGAAAAAGACAACAAUGGAGAUGUCCUGUGGACCUGGUCGUAUCCCUCCAUCUCCAGUAACAAGAAGAAGUUGCUGAUGAGGAAGUGUUGCCUUUCCCAAGAUGGGGCCAUCAUUGUUCCCUUUGUGUAUGGUCAGUAUCAAAGGGAGUGGUUUUACAUCAUGACCGUGCCAGUAGAAAAUGUAUCUGCCCUCAAAAAGGUCAAACACUUUUCCUUCAUAUUACUUGCCAAAGAUUUCAAUCCUGAAAAAUACCAAACCUUGAGUGAGAUCCUAUGUAGAGUAUACAAUACAACAGGGAAUGCUGCCACGAUCCUCAAGGGCUACUUGUCCGUCAUCACCAAAGGCACUUGCCCAAGUGAAAACAAUGGAACUUUUGUCGCCCAAGACUUUGAUGCAAAGAAGGCUUACGCAGCAGGAUGCGUAAUCGAUGUUAUCAACUCAUUUGGUCUGGAAAGCAUCCUCAUUUACACAGCUCUACUGUUAAAAAAGAAGAUUGUAGUAUAUCAUUCCAGAAUAGAAGAGGUCAUUAAAUUCAUAAGGGCAUUGCCAUGUUUAGUAUGGCAUCGGCAGAACUGGUCCAUUCUCCAUCCGUACGUACACAUGGAAGAGGAUGAAUUGGAGGAUUUAAGGACGGGGCCUGCCUAUGUUGCCGGCUUUGUAGACGCAGUUGUGGAGAACAACACUGAAUUAUACGACUUAUUUGUGAAUCUAUCAACUGAUGAAAUAACAGUAGCAACUCAUGCCAAAGAUAUGUUCACCAUGAGUAGAAUACACAAAGACAUUGCCCAGCUAAUGGUCAGGUGUGCUGGUGAUGACUCCAUGACAAACCUUCAAGUCAUCAAGGAAAUUUCAAAAAAGACUGGUGAGCUACUCAACAACUUAAAAUCUCUGUCAGAGAAUGAAGACAAUCCUAAAAUCACGCUAGAGAGACUGAAGGAGAGGAAGCUACCCCCGGCGACGGAAGGCUUCCUCUUUGGUAUAGCAGCUGCAGAAGGGCUAGUCCAGAUAUGAUCAGAUCCUGGUCCAAGUUGCAUAGAAUUUGCUGUAAUUGUAACUUUGCCAUCCUCUGGUAACUUCCGUGGAAAUAAUGAACAGCAAUCAGUUGCAUAGAAGUUACUUCAUUUGUAGAUCUUGGUCCUAUUUGACUAUGAUUGUAGAUCCUGGUCUCACUUGCAAAGAAGUUGAUUUGAUUAUAGAGCCUGGUCCCAGUUGCAAAGAAGUUGAUAUGAUUAUAGAUCCUGGUCCCAGUUGCAAAGAAGUUUUUUAUUGUAGACCCUGGUCAUAGUUUACUAUGAUUGUAGAUCCCGAUCCUAGUUGCAAAUAAGUUUAUAUGAUUGUAGAUCCUGGUCAUAGUUCCAAUGAUUGCAGAUCCUGGUCCCAGUUGCAUAGAAGUAUAACAAUGGUACAUGUGACUUUGCUACUCAAUGAUUAAACUUUCGUCUUUAUCUUUUUGGGCCACAGAAACAUGUUAUACUUCUAAAGACCAAAUUUGACAAUCUUUGCAUUUUCUUAUCCGGUGAAAUUGCUCCGACCAUUUCCAAACUCCAUGUCAAUUGUAGUGGUCAGGUUUAAGAAAAUGUACUUCCUUUUUUAUGUUAUUACAAGUAUAUUUGAUGGCAAUUUUAUGUGUAACAUACUGAAAUGACAUUUAUUUUUAAGUGAAAAGGACCAGUCAUGAUCUUUGGAUAGAGCGCAUGGAAAGAUUUUUUAUUAAGUAAGAAAAAAAGAAGAGGAGAGGUGAUCAUACAAAGUUCAUUGAAUGGCAUUGUGAUGUAGGUUAAGGACAACUAUUGCUAAUGGUAAUUCUCCUUUGUCUAAUAUUAAACUUUCAGACAUACAGACUGCAACAGAUUCAGAAUCGUGCAGCUCGUAUCACUUCAAUGGCCAGAAAAUAUGAUCAUGUGUCUCCUUUGUUCAAAGAACUUUACUGGUUUCCUUUUCGAAAAAAUAACUUAUGAUAUUGCUGUUUGUUUUCAUGUCAGGCCUUUUGUUGUAAGUACAUGCUAGCUACUCUGCUCAUUUAUAUGAAAAACAAACCAAAAUUACAUUUUUCAGGAAAGAUCUAUACGAUUUACAGUAUUCACUAGUCCCCGAUAUAGAGCAAUAUAUUUUCUGAUGUUCAAAAGGAAAGAAUUUUCUGAUGAAAAUAUCCUAGCCCAUAGUUCCCAAGUUACACAUUAUAAAAAAAAUCAUGCACAACUCCAAGAAAGAUGCAGAAAACUUUCAUUGGUUGGGAUGAUCACAUAAGAUAAUGUUAAGUUUCAGAAGUUCAAAGUCAAUAAUUAGGGCAUCAUCCCAUCCAAUAUUAUACAAAUAGCGAAUAGGCAUGAGUGCGAUGGUGCGAGAUUUCGCAUGAGGUGAAAGAAAGAUGCUCUAUUCAACGAGGCGUGAAUAGAGCGUUUCUUUCUUUCACCGAAUGCGAAAUCUCGCACCAUUGCACGAAUAAGAAUAUUCGCUAUUUGUGUUGUACAACGCCUCGGAAUUUAGCGAAACUAUGAAAAAACAAAGAGUUUAUCCCUUUAGUAAUCUAUGAAAAGGGAGCAAAAAUACCGAAAGCAGAAAGCAAAAUCCCACAAGCGCACAUGACCUUGGGCAGCCUUGCGCAUUUAGCCAGCUGGCUUAUACGCGUAUUGUUCAUUUUUACCGAGCGCGAUGAAUUAAAUCGUAUUGUGACGUCACCUCCUAAAGCCGUGCAACGGUACAUUUUGGAUGGUACGUCUUUUGUGCAACGGUACGAAUGUUUGACAUUCAGCCUCCCAUUUGCUCGCGUACAACAAGCUAAGUAGGCGUUGUACAAUGUGGCCUGUGUUAAGGGCGUAUUCUCCUACAGCUGAAUGGGAUGGAUUGUUCAAUCUGAGGGCUUUGUGUUCCUUCAGUCGUUCAUUCAGAGUUCUGUGUGUUUCUCCAACCUAACAAUUGGCACAAUCUGUGCAGGUGAUCUUCUUAACACUACCCGACCUUUCUUCUUUUGGAACUUGGCCUUAUGGAUGGACCAUCCUGCUUCUAAAGGUGUUAGGGCUUUUGAAAGCAAUAGUGAUGUCCUUGUUUUGGAAUGCUCUUUUCACACGAGAGGAUAUGCUGUAAAAAACUCCAAGAAAAUCGUAUUUCCAUCUUAGCAUUUUGCUUUUGCUUAUUAGAAUCAGUUAUGUCUGUAAUUUUGUUAGUGAUAAAACUCAGUUGGCCCGUAUUCUGAACUCUGGUUUCAUUCAAACUUUGUUCUAAAGUUGUGGUUUAACUAUGGAGAGCCAACUGUGACAGAAAAUCAUCUCAUCCCAAACUCUGGUCAGUCAUAAAUGUGUAUGAAUAAUAACUGAAUUAGUUUUCUUCCCCAUUGUAGCAUAAUUUGAGCAGAGUUAGACCAUGGCCCUUAUUAAACCAGAUUUCAGGAUAAGGGCCAAUGUGAAAUUUGCCCUUGUGUCCUAAAGAGUGGUUGAAUGAACAUGAAGGCUUCUAUUGUACAGAGAAUUUCUGAGCGAGACAAAUUAAUUCAUUAAUUAAUUCAUUAAGAUUUAUUGAGUACCAGACUAUUAGCAAUUUGUUCAAAUCAUACAGGAUUGUAUACAUUCAAAGUGAGAGUUUGGAUUACAGUAAAAAGGGAGAGUCAGGCUUACUCAGGCAAACCUAAAUAUCAACUUAAAACUGGUAAAUAAUGCAUGUUUUGCAUUUAGUCUGAAAAUUCUUUUAAUUCUUUUAAGGCUCUGUCAUAUCGUUCCAUGCAAGCCUUGCAUGUGACCGUUAUUGCUACCCACAGGUCGCCGGCAUUGACAGUUUCGCACGUUUCUCACACAGUUACCUGCAGAAGUGCACGCAAGUCUGAUUUGCACGUAGAAAAGUUUUGAAUUUUGUUGCGGGUGAUUGCCCACAACCCGGCCACAAGGCUUGCACAGAACAAUAUGACAGGGAAUUCAAAUUUUAUUUUAUGACUUUAUGCAGACUUGAUAAUCUGUCCCAUUUCAGACAAUAAAAUUGGAAAAGGUGAUAUCUCCUUCAUAGUUUAUAUAAUAGACAAAUUCAUUUAUAGCUAAUACAUGUAGCAAAUAGAUAACUUUAUUUUACUCAAGUACCGAUACAAUAUAUUAAUGAAAGGAACGCAAUAUCAUGUAUGUUCUUAAGAAUUCUUAUCUGCCAUUCAUUUGGCACAAUAUUGGUUAUCGAAUUUUGUUUUGAGAUACAUGCUUCGCAAUAAGAUUAAUGACUAUAUCAUGAAUAUUCCAAUGUAGAUUAUUUAGUUAAAAAAAAAAGAGUGAUAUGUCUGUGUUUUCACAAUGUACAAAAGAAUUUAUAUAUUCUGUAAAUAAAUAUAAAUUUCAUAUGAAUUCCA